AUGGAUUGUAGCGAAGAGGAAGAGAUGGAUGAUCAAAAUGAAGGGAAAGAGUGGGAAAAGGUGGGGAAGGGUGCUUUGGACGACUCCGACGACGAGCCGCUGAUGAAGCUGAAGAAAGCCGAGCAGGACAAAAAGGAGAACACGCCUCCCAAACCUUCUGGUUCCAACACAGACGGCGACUCCGACAACGAGCCGCUGGUCAAAAUGGCCAAAGUUUCCUCCAAAGCCGCCAGGAAGCCGCGCUCUGCAGCCCCGAGGAAGUCAGCCAGCAGGAAGAAGAGAGCGUCCCCGCAGAAGGACGACAGCUCCGACGACGACGAGCCUCUGAGUCAGAUCGCCAAGAAGGUGAGGGACCAGUACCCGAGGAGGCGGGCGGCCAUGGCGUCCAAGAAGCCCCCCCCGGCCGUCAAAUCCCAGCGGACGGCGGCCAGGAAAAGC